AUGUCAGAAACGUGGCGCUCCAUCGCGGCACGCAAACAAGAAGAACGAAGCGGAAAAAUCCCAUCUGCAUGGCGACUGAAGGCGUCUGAUGUGGACCCGAAUGCUUCCGCUGUUCUCGACACCGUUCGUCGUAGCGGCAUUCUGAGCGAAAGAGAAUUGGAAUUGACCGAGAUAUAUGAUGCUCGGACACUACGAGAUCAGCUCGCUCGCGGUAGCAUCAAGAGUGAAGAGGUCGUCUUGGCGUUUUGCAAGAGAGCUGCUAUUGCCCAGCAGGUGACGAAUUGUUUGACUGAGAUCUUCUCCGACGAUGCGCUUGCGCGUGCUCGCGAGCUCGAUGCACAUCUGGCAAAGACUGGAAAGCCUCUCGGUCCGCUGCAUGGCCUGCCAAUCUCUCUCAAGGACACCUUCAAGGUCAAGGGAUACGAUGCCUCGAUAGGCAUUGCAAGUCUAUGCUUUCAACCAGCUACCUCCAACUCCGCUCUUGUGGACAUCUUGCUCAAGCUCGGCGCCGUGUUAUACGUCAAGACCACUGUCCCUCAAACCAUGAUGAGCCUGGACACAUACAGCAACGUCUUUGGCCGGACAUUGAAUCCAGCCAAUAAGCGCCUGACUGCAGGAGGUAGCUCCGGUGGAGAAGGUGCUCUCGUAGCCAUGCGAGGAAGUAUUCUAGGUAUCGGGACGGACGUCGGAGGCUCAGUCCGCGUGCCAGCAGCCUGCAACGGUCUCUAUGGCGUGAAACCAUCCCAUGGUCGGGUGCCCUACGCCAACCAGCAAGGAGGAAGCGCAGAGGGUAGUAGCAAGCUCGCCAUCGAGUCGACAGCUGGUCCCAUCGCGACAACUCUAGGCGACUGCGAAAUGCUCCUGCAAGCAAUUGCCGAUGCUGCCCCUGAGAUGAUCGACCCGGACUGUGUGGCCCAGCCCUGGGCUUUACAGCCACCGCUGAAUACGAAGCCGGGCAAGCCGCUUCGUGUCGGGUUAGUCGCUAGUGAUGGUCAUGUCCUACCCCUACCUCCUGUGCAGAAUCUCAUGCGAGAGGUCUCCAAGACUCUCGGUACGAGCCAGCGUAUCGAAGUCGUCCAACUUGACCUCACACUGUUGUUAUCGCGGACCGUCAAGGUGUUCAAUGGACUGAUCUCGAUCGAUGGCGCCAAUAACUGGUUCGACCUGUUCGAACCCACCGGUGAACCGCUUCAACCGUGGCUGCAGGGCCGUCUCAAGAAGCGCCCGCGGAAGGAGCUUCUUGCAGUGAAGUCGCUGCAGUGCCAAAAGCUCGAGCUUCAGACCGCAUUCUUGGACGUCUGGAAAGAGAGCGGUGGCCACUGGGUGUCGGAUGGGGGCAACACCAGCGACGAGGAUCACGUGUUGGAUGUGCUGAUCUGUCCUGUAGCGCCGCAUCCUAUUGCGCCGAUUGAUCAAUGGAACACGGUCAACUACACCGCCGCGUUCAACCUCCUUGAUUUACCGGCAGGCGUGCUACCAGUUCGGAGCGUCGCAGAAAAAGAUCUGAGCGGCGAGCUCCCGGCUUCCAAGCCGCUGAACGGCUGGGACGACACAAACAGAAAGUUAUGGACGGACGUUGAUCGCAAGGUCUACCUCGGAUCUCCUCUCAGCGUGCAAGUCGUAUCGCCUCGUUUGACUGAGAGGAGACUGGUGGAGGCUAUGAUGGUGAUUGAUGAAGCGUUGAAGCCGCUGAAAGAGAAGGCGAGUGGAGUCAACAGCAGGCUCUGA